AUGUGUGUUCAUGCUUUUGUCUGUAUGUGCACAUCCUCAGGCAGAGACGGUCGUGGACGCAAUGUGCUCCAUGUGGCGGUGAUGCAUGGACAUGCUUCGCUGGUGCGCGCCCUGCUUGAUCUCUUGCCUGAACUGGCCAUGCUUCAGGACUGCCUUGGCCGUACACCACUCCACUAUGCCGCCGCCGCCCACACAGCGGCUGUCCGGCCAGCCUCGAAGAGGUCGGCCGAGAACCGGUCCGGAGUGUAUGCUGGUGGUCGCGAAUCCUACGAGCUGAUAUUGGCCAGUUGUCCGGUCUGCGCCGAGCUGAGAGAUGCUGUAAGUGACUUGGGUCCCAUUUCUCUUUGCUGCCAUCUCCGCCAAUGGAUUGCAGAGGUAUCGAAGUUGUCAGACCAAAGGAGAAAGAGUUUUCCUUUCCAGUCGAGCUGA